AUGGAUAUAAUUCAAGACUCAUCGAACACGGGCCCCUCGUCUCCUCAGAAAGGAAAGGGAGUGGAGGCCGAUCCUAAGAGCUGGCGCGCAGGUUGGUGGGACUUCUAUCCCUUGCUUGAGCACCCCAAACGCCCCGUGCAGUGGUCACGGUCGUCCGUUAUAUUUACUGCCCAUGCAACUCAACCGUUUAUAACUGGACGCCAUUUUUCCUCGUCAAAACAAUUUGUGUUGCCAUCUCCGGCACCCAUUAGCAAUUCACCCGCGUUGUAUGACCCCCCUACUCUUAUUUCAAUUUCUCCGGACGAUUUAUGGCUACUUGCGUAUUUCUAUCGACGCACGGGUGAAGGCAUCGCGUGCCUUUGGAAGCGAGGCAAUCAAAUCGACAAUUGGCAAGUGAAGGAUUCUUGGACUUGUCUCAAAGGAUGUGGUAUUGUGACCGUUUCGUGGCUGGAAUCGCAAAGAGAGUGGAUAAAUAUCUCACCAAGUGGACCGACGCGCCUUCCCUUGCGUGGACCCAAGAUACCCGUCGCAGACAUGACAAUGCUUUUUGUCACUGAAGACAAUUAUCUUCAUGUUACGUAUCUACGACAAUAUACCAACACAUUGAAGACCCUUAAGAAAUCGUUGAACGUCCCUGGUGUAAUGAAGGAAGGAAUGUCGCCACUUGACUACGGCGAAAGCCCAAAUCAUAGACAAUGUAUGAAUGCAGCUAUAGGACUUUGUUAUAACGAUCCAAUUAUUAUGAUUGCAUCCCAGUCACGACGUAUACCAGCUCCCUCAAUUACUCCUACAAUAUCUGCCCCACCGUUCAAUCAUAUGGAUCUCUCAGCUGGUGGAGAUUCUACGGAUCCAAACGCAGCAGAUCAAAGAACAAAUGACUGGGAGAAUUGGGGUGACGAAGGAGUCAUCGAAAUCUUCGAAUGCUAUAUAAAAUACGACGGCGAAUCCCUAAUGCUUGGGAUAAUUCAAUUAAGCCAUAUUGAUUGUCCACCGUACUCCUUGACGAGCCUCGAAUGGGUAUCCGUCCCUUCGCCUAAAACCCCUGAAAAAGGGAAGAUAGGAUUGAUGACGGCUUUUGCUGAUUUUCAUGACUUCAAGAAACCACCAACAUCGUUACUUAAUUUUUAUGGACCAUUCACCAAGACCAAUGCAACUCGCCAUGCUUCACUUUCAACUACGAGGACGAUAGAGGCCGGUGUUGUAACGCACAUUGAGCCAUUCAUGGACACAGGAACACUUGCAUUCGCAUAUAUUUUGCAUUACUCAGGGACUUAUGGCAACGGUAAAAAUAAACCGCAAAACACUGUGGUCGGGAACGUUCACGUGCUAAAUAUACCCACGUUUACUGAAAGCGCCAAUUUUUCCCCUGCUACAGUUGAGGUUCCAUUAGAAAAGUUAGGAGAAGACCUGCCAUUCUUUGCCGCAAUUUCGCCCAAUCGAAAAUUUAUAUGCACGCUUUCAUGUUCUUUGACUCGGCCUUCGCUUCAAACGCAUGCACUUCCCACCUUGAUCUCCUCGGAAUUGAUGUCUUCACGUUUAUCUUGGGCACUCGCCGCUGCCAUUCUUUCACAUAGAUCUACAGUAGACCUUGUUCAUGCCAUAUGUGGCCCACAAAUGUCGAAUGACGACGCAGCAACUGUCUUAUCUAAUGCUCUCGCACUAUUGGAAAACUUCAAUGGCACCGACUCACCAUCUCGAUAUAUUUGUGACAUUAUGGGAGUGGCGACCGAUAUAUAUAAGUUGAAAGCAGAGUCUACUAACGUAGAGUCAGAAAAUGAAUUGUUCCAAUCCCGGUGCCAAGCAGCGCAUGACAUAUGCUCCAUGUCCGCAUGUAUCACUGCUUUUGAAGACAGCAAAGAAGGUGACGGGUAUGAUCUAGAUGCUGUAUGGCAACUAAUUGCGUUUAGCAACUGGGUAAUUGGGUUCACUGAGAAAUUAAUGAAAGCAUGUAUCCUUGCCAGCAAUGCUAUUGCAGAACCCUUAGAAGGAUCACAGUCAGAUUUUGGAUUGUUCGAACAACCAAUUCUAUUGAACCUUUGCCACCCUUUUGCUCUGCGGAACUUCAUUUCUUCAUUGAACCACGUCAAAUCUUUUCGGGAAUUCUUAGCUGCUUUACCUGCUGGUAGCGGCAAUGCACAAAUCGCUCAGUCGGUCCUUGUAGAUUCGGUCGAUUACUCAGGUGUUGAGUUCGGGAGACUGGUACCCCUUCUACAGGAAAGUUUGGAGAGCGCUCAAAAGUUAGAUGCUUCAGAAUGUCGGAGGGCUCUGGCGGCGUGCUGUGCCACCAACUUGAUGAAAACCGAACUUACCGAGAUACUGAACAAGAUUUCACAGUCCGAGUCGCUAUUAAAUAAACCGGCCUUGUUUAUCAAGCCGUAUAAUCUAAUCGAUGGAUUGGCUCGUCUAUCCCUGUUAUCAGGUCGUCGGAAGAACGAUGAAAAGGAUAUCAUCACAAAAAUGGCUAUCCCUAAGCAUACUGCCAGGGACCGAUGCCUCCGCUGCGGGGGCAAGACUGUGAUCGACCGCAACACGGCUACUCCUCGACCACGGGUCCACACAAAAUGGCACCUCUAUGAGCUUAUGUGGCAGCUACGUUGCGUAUGUGGCGGGGCAUGGUCGUCAACUAUCUAA